ACUUUCCCUAAUGUACUGUAAACCCAUUAUAGAAGGCGGUUUGCUUUAGCACAAUCUCCAUCUCUCUGUCAAUGGUGGUUUGGGUGGAGCUUUACUCAAACCCAUUAUACCCAUCCAAAGAUUCUCUCUAUUUCUUUAUCUUUCCCUUCUCUUCCUCUCGCCCUUCGCUUCCCUUUCCCUAACGAAAGGAAAAACAGAACAUAUAACAAACCCUUUUUGUUUCUUCUCUUCUCCUUCCUCUCCCAAACAACUUUUUUCUUUCUUUUUUUUUUUUGUUGGGUUUUGAGGGAGAAACAGGAAAACGCAAAAAUAUUUACAUGAAAUUGGAUCCAAUUUUGUUAUAAAAUUCCUUCCUUUAUAAAUAUUUCCUUUUAUAUUCCAAAUAACGGCAAAAAAUUCAUGGGGAACAUCGGAAGUAGCGGAUUAAAUGGCCGGCGAAGGCAUGGCAGCCGGCGAAACCACCCUCCGCCACCUCCUCCAACACAGCCACAACCGGAAAUCCCCGCCAAUCGUUAUGUCUUUGCCGCCGCCACGCCGUAUCCGCCUCAAUACCCGAACACGAACCCGCCCCAGUACUACCAGUACCCUGGCUACUAUCCGCCUCAGCCGCCGGUGCCAUUGCCGCUUCGGGCUCCAUACGAUCAUCAUAAUCGGGGUGGGCCCCACAUAGAUCCCGCCAAUUGGAGUAGGUAUGCUUACGGACCAAUGAUGCCACCGCCUCUGGUGCCGCAUAUAGAGCAUCAAAAGGCGGUGACGAUAAGGAAUGACGUUAAUUUGAAGAAAGAAACUUUGAAAUUGGACUCUGAUGAGGAGAAUCCUGGGAAGUUCUUGGUUUCUUUCACGUUCGAUGCUACCGUUGCUGGAAGGAUGACUGUUAUUUUCUUUGCAAAAGAAGGUGAAGACUGCAAUCUGACACCAAUGAAGGAAAGUGUCCUACCACCAGUAACUGUGCCUUUUGAACAAGGUCUAGGACAGAAGUUCAGGCAGCCCUCUGGAACUGGGAUUGAUUUUGCUAUGUUUGAGGAGUCAGAAUUACUGAAAGUAGAUGAGGUGGGUAUCUAUCAUCUAGCAGUGAAAGCAGAUGCAUUGCCUGUCAAUCAGAAUGGAUCAGAUGGAAACCAAGUGUCAGGAGCCAUGAAUUCUCAGAUAACCCAGGCUGUGUUUGAGAAGGAGAAGGGUGAAUACCAGACAAGAGUAGUGAAACAGAUUCUGUGGGUUAAUGGGAUGAGGUAUGAGCUGCAAGAAAUAUAUGGAAUUGGAAAUUCAGUUGAUAAUGAUGUUGAUGCAAAUGAUCCUGGAAAAGAAUGCGUUAUUUGCCUUUCAGAGCCUCGGGACACAACUGUUCUUCCCUGCAGACACAUGUGUAUGUGCAGCUCAUGUGCGCAGGUUUUGAGAUGCCAGACUAAUCGCUGCCCAAUUUGUAGGCAACCUGUUGAGAGGCUUUUGGAGAUAAAGGUCAACAAUGGCCCUGAUGAAUAAGAUGAGAACAUGUUUCUUGGACUAUCUUCCUGUAUAAUAGUAGCUUGUUGUUGUCUUUUUUUUUUCCCCUUCUCUUAUCACUUCUCAUUUGCCCUUUUGUCCUCUCUUUUGUUUUACAUUUCAGGCGUUUCCAAUAAUCAAACAGGAAGUUAUAAUCAAUUAUGCUACAUGGUAUGAAUGAAUUGCUCGAAUUUCAUACAAAAUAUAUUAGCGAAAUAGAUGGCAAAUGAAUUUGCUUCAUGUUCUACUUCAUUUACUUUUUUAGAUGCUAAUGAAGAAUUUACAUUAACUCAUUCUAGGAUAGAUACUUAGCUGUAUAACUGGCUGUCUAAAUUUUUGGGGAACCUGUUAAAAUCAAUCCUGAGAAUAGUCAUCAGCCUUGAAUUUCAUGACUCUGGUCUGGACGUACAUGGCAAUUUUAGUGUGACAGUAGUUUUGUCAGGUUUCUGUACAGUAAAACGGAAGUCUAAACGAGGUCAUUGGUGUGAUGCAGCCGACAAAACAUGGGUUUUUGUUUUGCCUAAUUUCUUUGGGAUGAUCAGUUCAAAACUGACAGCAAACAAGGACUUUCCGCGUUGUCAUUUUGCGUUACGCGUUAAAAAAAAGGGAUGUGCUUAGUUAGCCUGUUUCUUUUAUGGGGCCACACCUUGUAGACUUGUUCAUUCUCUCACAAACCGGUUCAAAAUUGCCCAAGCAUGGCAACAGGCAUUUGUAUGUCCAACGGGCUUGUGCAUCUUUAAGAGGUAAGGACAAACAUUAAUUGGCUCUUCUUCAUUCAACAACAUUAGCUGGAGAUAAAAGGACAACAAUUCUAGUGUAG